UUGGUCGAUUUAAAUGCACAUCUCCAGAAAGCUGAGAACGACAUAAUAAAGGCAAUACCGAAUCCGAAUUUCAGUGGACUUGCGAUUUUAGAUUUUGAAGAUUGGCGACCGAAAUACGUUCUAAACUGGUCGUCGAAAAGAAUUUAUCAGCGCGAAUCUGAAAAAAUCGUUAGAGAUCGUGACAGCAGUCUAAGUGAUGCUGAAGUGAAGGAAACCGCUGAAAAGGAGUUCGAUGUAGCGGCGUAGGAGAAGCAACUGUUCACAAAAGGUGAUCAACAAUUUUUCAGUAAUUUUAUGGUUGAAACAAUCAAGCUCGGAAAAAGGCUGAGACCACAUGGAAAGUGGGGAUUCUAUGGAUUUCCACUGUGUAAUUACGAUGCAGGACAAAACAAUGACGAUGAAUGCAGCACUCAAUUCAAAGCAUACAAUCAUAUGUUAUUGAAGAUUUUGAACGAAGUUGAUGCUCUGUACCCAUCAAUUUAUUUGGAAAACAACGCAAGUGCUGAAGUGAACCAACGUUAUGUGAAGGCGAUUCUCACCGAAUCGAAACGUAUCGCAUCAAAAUUGCAAGAUCCCAACAAACCGAUCUAUGCGUACAGUAGUUUCGAAUACACUCAUCAGUCUGAUUUUUAUUCGAAGCUCAGUUUCGUAUCACAAGUUCUGAAUGCUUACCACCUUUUGACCGCCCGUGCCCUGCAGCAUGCAUUACGACUUGGGGGCCCGAUCUAUCCUUCAUAG